AUGUCGGUGGGUGAAAAAAAGCACAUCAGUGCACCUGCAUGGCUCAUGGAGUUCACGGCCAAUGCAUCAGAGUCAUUUGUGACUGCAUACUACGCUGCGUCUGACUCGCCUCAACGUGGAAACCUCUUACCCUCGCUAUACCUACCAAAUUCGUCAAUUUCAUGGAACGGCAAUCCCAUCAGUGGAGCCACGCAGUACAAGCAAUGGCUCGAAACACACCCAGGCUCGCAACACGAAAUCCAAUCAUUUGACUGCCACCCACUAGGCCCAUUUGAUGCUUAUGAUCAAAAUGUGGCACCGUCGUUGAUGUUGAACGUCUCUGGUACAGUCGCUCACUACACGCCAGAGAGUCUUGCAACGGAUCAAAGCAAUGCACCAAAAUCAGCGACAUCGACUGGUGGCGCCAGCGGCCAUAGCAGCGGUGGCGCAUCAUCGAAGCGCAAAUUUAAUGCCGACGCGCCCAUUGAGACGUAUCCGAGAGUAUUUUCGCAGUCGUUCGUCCUCAUCAAUGGGGCAGGAACUGGGGCAGAAGGCGGUGUGCCUUUCGUAUGGAUGCCAAGCAGGAGCAGCAACGGCAGCGGCAAGGGCAGUAAAAAUAUCGCUAACAGUGACAAGGCGACAGAAACACGAACGGUCGCCAAGUACUUUAUACAGGCAGAUUGCUUCCGAUUUGUAGGCUAA